AUGUUUUCCACGCUAGAUGCAAGUUCGUUUAGUGAAUUAAAUAAUAUAAAAAUAGAUCCCACGGAAGAUGAGAAUCGGGUGAAACACCGGCAAAUUCAAAUGAAGAAUAUUGUUAGUGGAUCCAGAGUUAGAUCAAAAACUGGAUGCAUAUGCUGCCGCCGAAGAAAGUAA